AAUUUUAUAAUGAACUGAGCAAGAUAGAAGAGAUUCGAACAUGGCGAACCCUAGAAGAGUACUAAUCGAGAACCAGAGAUUGUCACCUCUGAUCAAUCUACUGAAGAAACCCCUAGCGUUUCCUCUGCUUCUCUCCUUUUUCCUCUUCCUCACAUGGAUCACCCUCAGGGUACAGCACUCUUCACACUUCUCUUCUUCUUCUUCCCUUCCGAAUUCGGCACUAAAGAGUCAUCCUGAUUUGGAAAUCCUCGACGACGACGAAAAGGUUAAUCUGGUCCGGUUCGAUGCGGCGUCACUUUCUCCUGUCCGAAAAGACGACCGUGGAUGGUUGCUUGAUCCCGUUAUCCUUGCUCGUGAUUCUCGGCUCAGUGGUGGAGCUGCCUCGUGUCUUUCUAUUCAUGUUGGGGAAAUCCGGCCUGGUAGUUUGAGGGGAAACCACAGACACCAUGCCUGUAAUGAGACGUUCGUCAUAUGGGGAGCCAAGACAAAAUUCAGGCUGGAGAACCACAAGGUCGAAAAAGGUUACGCCGAAGUGUUAAUUGGAGAUGACGAAGUAGCUGUAGCGGUUAGUCCGAGUGGCACGGCGCAUGCUCUUGUUAAUGUUGAUCCUCUGCGUUCUACUUUCUUCAUUGGCUGCCAAGACAGUAAUAUGCAGAACAGCUCAAAUAGCGACUACAAAGUUUGGAAAGAUCUAUAAUCCGAACUUGUUUAGUUUAGAUUUCUCUUCUUCAUUCAGAUUUUCAUUGGCCUUUCUGAUCCACUUCUUCCUAUGUAAUCAGCUUUCUCUGGUUUCUUGUAUAGAAUAGGCUUUUCUUCUUUUUUUGUCAGUCAGUCAUACUGUUACUGAGAUUAUAACCCUGAAACUUUCAUUGUUUACGGUUCAUUGAUAUUCAUCAUGUGUGG